GCCAUUUGAUACAGCCCAACGACUUCAAUCAGGCCGUAUACCUUUCCCUGCUGUGAUAUCCAGUUGUUAGCUUGUCUCGACUCCUUCGUCAACCAUGGUACAAGUUCGCUAGGCCUCUAUUUGCAUCAUCUUGCCUCGUCUGAAAGAACUACUCCCCGCACUCAAGGGUUCAGAUCAACCAUGGCCAAACCAACAUCUCAGGUCGCUGUCAUCCCUGGCAAUGCGGCCUUCUCUUCCUUUCGUCGACAGAAUUUAGCCUCUGCCAUUGGUGCUGCUGAUGUUCAAGGCCAAUACAUCCACUAUGUAGACGUUAUCGGGCCCUUCGAACCGGAGCACAAGGCCCUUCUUGAGCGACUAUUGACCGAUGGCCACCACUCCAGCGACACCAACGCCGAUGCAUCGGUCAAGACCUUUUACAUUUUGCCUAGGCCUGGCACUAUCUCACCUUGGAGCUCAAAGGCCACCAGCAUCGCUCAUGUUACCGGCUUCCGAAGGAUGGUUGGAAGGAUAGAGCGAGGCAUCAAGAUCACUGUCAGUCUCCAGGACGGUGUAUCGAUUGACCCGGCAUCGCUGGAUGCUCUUUACGAUCGGAUGACGGAGACUAUCUCGGAGCAGGAGCCUCAGUGGGAUCAACUGUUUGCGCAUCACGAACCGGGAGCUCUGGGUACCUAUGACCUCUACGCGGAUGCACAAUCCCCCGAAUCAGUCCUACAGCAAUUGAAUGUCCAGCUUGGUCUUGCCUUGGACGCCAGCGAGAUCACGUAUCUAGCAGAGGCUUAUGCCAAAGAUGGGCCUGUCCCUCGAAAUCCCACAGACGUCGAGCUGUUCAUGUUUGCCCAAGUCAAUUCUGAGCAUUGUCGACACAAGAUCUUCAAUGCCACUUGGAUUAUUGAUGGCCAGACCAAGCCCAAUACCUUGUUUGGGAUGAUCAGAAACACGCAUAAGGUCACCCCAGCUGGAACCAUCAGUGCGUACAGCGAUAAUGCCGCAGUACUUCAAGGCAGCAAAGGAAGUCAAUGGGCUCCUGACGACUUCACUGGCAUCUGGAAAACAACAAAGGAGGACGUCCAAUUUCUCAUCAAGGUGGAAACACACAACCACCCGACCGCGGUGUCUCCGUUCCCAGGCGCUGCCACAGGUUCUGGCGGAGAAAUCAGAGACGAAGGUGCCACUGGACGAGGCUCUAGACCAAAGGCCGGCCUCGCCGGCUUCUGUGUCUCUGAUUUGCUGAUCCCAGAACAUCGCCAGCCCUGGGAGCUUGACUAUGGAAAACCACACCACAUAGCCAGCAGUCUUGACAUCAUGAUUGAAGCCCCUAUCGGGAGUGCCGCAUUCAACAAUGAAUUCGGCCGACCAUGCUUGACCGGAUAUUUCAGGACCUUGUCGGUUGAAAUGGCUACCGCAAAAGAUCGAGUUGAGGUCAGGGGCUAUCACAAACCUAUCAUGAUUGCUGGUGGUGUGGGCACAGUCAGGCCACAGUUUGCACUCAAGGAUCCCGACCUCGUCAAAGAUGGAGAUUUCCUGAUCGUCAUGGGCGGCCCAGCCAUGCUCAUUGGCUUGGGUGGCGGCGCUGCGUCCAGCAUCACCUCCGGCGAAGGCUCUGCAGAUCUUGAUUUCGCGAGUGUGCAAAGAGGAAACCCAGAAAUGCAGCGACGUGCCCAAGAAGUUAUCAAUGCUUGUGCAGCCCUGGGUAGCACAAACCCUAUCCUCUUCAUCCACGAUGUCGGUGCAGGUGGCCUGUCUAAUGCUCUGCCAGAACUUGCCAAAGAUUCAGGCCUUGGGGCUCAUUUCGAACUACGCGACAUCGACUGUGCUGACAAGAGUAUGAGUCCCCUACAAAUCUGGUGCUGCGAAGCUCAAGAGCGCUAUGUUCUCGCAGUGGCACAAGACGGCAUGAACAAAUUCCGCUCUAUAGCGAAGCGCGAACGAUGCGACAUCUCGGUCGUCGGCAGAGCUUCAAGCAAGCAGAAAUUGAAACUUACGGACCGAAACAACCCCGCAUCGAGUCAGAUUCAGGAUCCUAUCGAUCUCCCGAUGGAUGUCCUGUUUGGCAAACCACCUAAAAUGACCAGAGACGUCACAUCACGCAAAAUCGACCUGCCGGGCUUUGACAGUAGUCUAAGCCUCUAUGUCCCCCAAGCGUCAACCGACGGACUUCUAGACGAGGCCAUCAGUCGCGUACUGCAAAUGCCUGCAGUUGGUUCAAAAUCAUUCCUCAUUACCAUUGGUGACAGAACUGUCAAUGGCUUGACCGCACGUGACCAGAUGGUAGGUCCAUGGCAGGUUCCUGUUGCGGAUGUUGCCGUCACAGCGACUUCCCUCACCUCUGGUGUCGUCACGGGCGAAGCCAUGGCAAUGGGUGAAAAGCCCACUCUUGCCCUCAUCUCCCCAGCUGCCUCUGCACGCAUGGCGGUGGCCGAAUCCCUUCUGAACCUUACUGCUGCAGAUCUUCCCGAUCGUCUUAGUCAGGUGAAGUUGUCGGCCAACUGGAUGUCUGCAGCAAAUCAUCCGGGUGAAGGCGCUGGAAUUUAUGAGGCUGUCGAGACCUUGGGCAUGGAUUUAUGUCCGAAACUAGGAAUCGCGAUCCCGGUUGGUAAAGACUCCAUGUCCAUGAAGAUGAGGUGGAAGGAUGGCCAGGAAGCCAAGGAGGUCACUGCACCCUUGUCUGUCAACAUUUCUGCCUUUGCUCCAGUCCUUGACAUCAAAAACACGUGGACUCCUCAGCUCAAACGAUACAGUGAAGUCGGCGAGUCGACCAUCUUCUUCGUCGACCUAGGCAUAGCCCACCGUGCCUUAGGAGGCUCUAUUCUUGCUCAAUCAUUCCAACAGAUUGGGGACCAAGCACCUGAUAUCCGCUCUAUCAAUCUAUUCAAAGACUUUUUCGAUGCUACACAGCAACUCCAUGAACAAAAUCUUGUGCUCGCCUACCAUGAUCGCUCUGACGGCGGGCUGUUCACCACUUUGGCAGAGAUGUCCUUCGCGGGACGAUGCGGCAUAGAAGUUAUGAUCAACGAUAUCUGCCCUACGCCAAAUAUACCAGACGUCAUCGAAUGUCUGUUCAACGAGGAACUUGGUGCUGUCUUCCAAGUCCGCAAAGAGGACGAGAACCGCUUCAAGGCAUGUUUUGCUACAUGUGGUCCCCCACCCGGUUUGAUCCACAAGAUUGGUCGCGUAUCAACCAAAUCGACUCAACAAAAUAUGGCCAUCUAUCACGGUGGAAAAUUGAUUUACCGAGCUAAACGCGCCGAGCUACAACAGAAAUGGGCCAACACGUCCUACUGGAUGCAGCGACGUCGUGACAAUCCUGCCUGCGCCGACGAAGAGUACGCCAACAUCGCCGAUGACCAAGACCCCGGAAUUUCGUAUCACCUAACCUACUCCCCCAAGGAGAACAUCAACACUUACAAGGCCAGCCUCUUGUCGUACGUGUCCCCUUCCAGCCGCCCGCGAGUAGCCAUUCUUCGCGACCAAGGGACCAAUGGGCAGUGUGAAAUGGCGUUUGCAUUCGAAGCAGCGGGAUUUACUGCUGUUGAUGUACACAUGUCGGACUUUCUGGACCCGCGAGUCACUCGCAGCAACCUUGGCGAGAGACACGACCUGUCCGACUUUGCAGGGCUCGCAUUGGCCGGCGGGUUCAGUUUCGGUGAUUGUCUGGGCGCAGGACAAGGGUGGGCCAAAUCAAUCCUGUUCCACGGUCCGACGAGGACUAAAUUCCAAAACUUCUUCGCCCGCAAGGACACGUUUACGCUGGGUGUGUGCAACGGAUGCCAAGUGCUAAGUAAACUCAAGGAGCUGAUUCCUGGGGCGGAGAAAUGGCCAAGCUUCGAGCGCAACGAGAGCGAGCAAUACGAGGCACGAGUGGCUUUGGUCAAAAUCUCGGACCCGGCGCCGACGGCAUCAGAGGGCGGCCUACCGCAGAGCGUAUUCUUCCAUGGGAUGCAUGGUUCUGUCCUCCCCAUUGCCGUGGCCCAUGGCGAAGGUCGAGCCUCGUUCUUAUCCGUGUCAAGUCCCAAUUCCAAAGCUUAUGACUCGGACCUUGCACAUGACUUUGUCACCAUGUCCAAUCUGGCGCCAAUCCGGUAUGUCGACAACAAGACCUUGUUGCCGACGACCAGAUACCCCGCCAACCCAAAUGGCAGCCCCGAGGGCAUUGCUGGAGUCCGGAGCACCGACGGUCGGGUCCUAGCUCUGAUGCCGCAUCCAGAACGCACUAUCCUCAGCGGAGUUGGCAGUUACAUCCCCGACGGCAAAAGUGCAGAAUGGGGGGAGUUUGGCCCGUGGGUGCGCAUGUUCCAGAGCGCAAGGAGAUGGGUUGGUUAGUGAAAUAGGAAUAGGACUAGAGGGACGAUAGAAGAGGGACGAUGGACGAUAAAAUCAUGAUUUGUGUGAAUGUCAUGAACGGUUCUGUUGAUUUCUUAGACACGGGUGAGAGAUAUUUGAUGGACCUGCACCCUCUCAAUACCAGGCUGCAGAUUAAGCUGUCUAUCGCUUUGGAUGGUCUUUAAGAGGUGUUUUGGGCAUUGGCGAUUGACAAAGUCUGUAGAACGCAAGGUGGCAUGUUGCAAUGAAACAUUCCCUAUCAGGCCGCCGACUGACUCACGGCCUGAUGGGCUACAGGUAACUGAUGGUAUGCAAAGUGCCACGGUGGUGGCAAAAACCGAGACCGAGCGCCUCGACACAGGUAGCGUUUUUGGACACUUUGUUUUGUCUCUGGAUAUAUUUACUAC